CCUGAUUAUGAUGGCGACGAGCACUUUAUAGGACGAAUUGAUACACGCAGCAGCGCUCCCUCAGUCUGUGAGUGUCGCCGCGCUGCCCAGGCCAAAUUGUGGCGCUGAGCACACGCGCAGCGCCUCCGUUUCAUUCCGCUCUCAGAGAGUGGUCUCCCUGACCCUGAUAGCCGGCGCACGCACGCGGGCGACACGCUGAUCAAAAACAAUGUCCGAAACCAAGGCGCCGCGCCCGCGCAACGUUUUGAUCGCCGAGUUCGAGGGCCUCAGCAAGGAGGACGCCAGCCAAGCGCUCCGCGACGCCGGCGGCGACCUCGAGAAAGCCCGAGCGCUCGUGCGCCGCCGCCGCGCGAACCCCGACGACACGGACGACGACGAGCCCGCGGUGAAAGCCGAGCCGGCGCCGCCGCCGCCUCCGUCCGACGACGAAGACGAGGAAGAGUCGGACGACGACGACGACGACGAUUACGCAUGUACCAGGGCCGAAAUCAAUACGCCAUCGCGUCGAUGGCGUGACGCGGUGGAUUCCGCACAGGACUUCGACGAGUGGCGCAACAACCCCUACGGCAAGAAGCCCAAAGCAAAAAAGUCCAAGAAGCUCUCGGACGAAGAGAAGGCGCGGCGCAAGGAGGAGCGCGACCGGAAGCGCGAGGAGAAGAAACGCGAGGCGCAAAGAGAGAAGGACAAGUGGGCGCAGAACCGCCAAUCAUUACUGGAGGGCCGCGAGGCGAAGAGCACGCUCGCGAGCUACGCGGGCAAGUCGUCGUAUCUGCACUCCGUCGGCGACCGGCCGAACUUCGCCGACGCGAAGCUGUUGUACGUCAAAUCCAUCAAGAUGGAGGAAAAUGAUUAUGGAGAGAAGUACAAGCGCCUGCACACGUUCGCGAUCGGCAAUGACAUUGUACAGUGGUGGGCCUCUACUUCCAACAAGGAGGCCAAGCUCAUCGGCGAUCCGGGGUGUGUGGUGGAUUUUGCGGGCUCCAUCUCGAAGCACUCGGAGUACGACGACUGCCAGAUCACUACCGUGAUGCGGUUGAAAGUGCACGUCGUCGACGGCGUGCGCGUCGCGCCCACGCCAAAAGAGAAGAAGAAGAAGGGCCAGAAGCUGUCGGACGACGCGAAGCCCUCGCCGGCGAAGAAGCCCCGCGUCGCCGGCGGCGCCGCGCGCCAGAAGUCCAUGGACAAGGAGCUCUUGCGCGACGACGCCGUCGACGUGGAUGAUGAAAAUAAAGAAAUCGUCGACGGCAACGACUGGCUCAAGCAGCUCGCGCGGCAGAGAGCGGAGCGCAGAAAGUGAAGACGCGUGUGUAGUAAAG